AGAAUCCUCUUCAGACUGCACUAUUUUUCUGAGUUUUCUCACCGUGAUGAUCAUCCAUGGAUGUCUUAUCUUAUACUUUUAACUUCCCCGCAGCGGCACUUUUAGGGCGGUCCUUAUCACUCGCACGGUUCCUUCGUAUUCUCGCUGCCAACCACCUUCAACUCACACCUCGCGUUUUUCUUUUUUUCAGUCUUCUUAAGGUAUUCAACUUAUGCCCGAACGUACUAAACGUCCAAGACUUCUUGCAUGCUCUCGAUGCUUCCGCUUAAAGCGGAAAUGUGAUCAUGCGAAGCCAAAGUGCAGCGAGUGCAGGAGAAAGGGAGCCGACUGCCUGCCGGCUUCAUCACGCAAAGAUGGUGAAGAUAUAACCAUCCCGUUGAGCUACCUCAAAGAGCUGGAAGCAAAGGUUGCUGAAUUAGAGCAAUGCAAGUGGAGUUCAAGAACAGAGACGCAAGUACGGGAUUUUGGCGUACAGACGGAGCCAAUUGACGAAGUGUUCAGUGAUAAAUCUUGUCUUGACCCUUCUCUUGAUUCACCAGGAAAUCCGAUAGAAGGGUCAAGAUCCUUUAGGUUCUCACCAGUCCUAUUCGAUCGAUUGUCUAGUGAUGCUAUGGAGACUGGAAAUGCAUUGAUGCGUUUGUCCAACUUUUCCCGUAGCCCGACACCAAGACUCGAGGAUGUUGAUAUGACAUAUCUUCUACAAGCCGACACUAUACCACUAGACACUUUUACCCUUGACAACAGUCCUUGGUUUGAAGAUCUCUACACCAAUUUAUAUUUCUCCAUUACGGACUGGGAGUGGCCAUUCCUAAAUCAGAGCGCAUGGAAGUCAUGGCGCAGCAACUGGGAACUUGAAAAAUCGGCAGAUCAAUGGAAAGGAUUCUACCUACAGAUGGUGUAUGCAAUCGGGGCACUAUUAUGCAACAAUCUCCAGCACGACCCAUCGCAUUCAGCACGCGCCAGGGAGCUUUAUACGUCUGCAAUGACAUUUUAUCCGCAUGUCAUUAGCCAAGCAUCCACAGUUCUCCAGAUACAAGCGUCGAUCCUCCUGAUACUUUAUGCUCUCCACUGCCCAUGGUCAGAGGAAAUUGCGACUAGUGUAUCUUCCAUUGUUCCGUUCUGCACUGCUACAAUGGCCGAGAUUAGGAAGCUCGUAUCUGCCAUUGGUGCUACAGAUGAGACAGAUAGUCAAGAUGAUUUGUUGACCGACAAACUCUUUAUCACUUGCUAUAUGUUGAAUGAAAUUAUUGUCUCUGGAUGGGACAGACCUGUUUCUGCUGCUUACAAGGCAAUAGAUGACGAUAUGCACAGCUUCAGCAACGAUAUGCCACCAUCCAACUCCAAUACCGCCCUGAGUCAUUUGUUUCAACUACGCAAGAUUCAAGCCAACAUCAGAAGAUACUGGGACAAAACCCCUCGGCGAUAUGACUCGACUGAGACACAUCAGGAUGCCCCAUUGAAAACGGCGCUGGACUCAUGGAGGAAGGACAUAUCGCGAUACGGUCUAGAUAAUGCACCCUAUGGCCAACACCACCCUCUAUGGAUGGCAAAUCUCUACAACUACAGCGUGAUUAUCUUAAUACAAGAGAAGAGGGGCUGCCUGAGGAAUCAAGAUAUCGAAUAUGCCUUUUCCGCCAUAGUCGACGUCUGCAUAAGUUACAGACGCUUACAGGAAGAAGGCCAAGUGAUGUGCUAUACCUGGUCUUCACUUGUUUUCCAAUUCCGAGCCGGGAUAAUGCUCCUCUACAUCUUUUGGGUGACACCACGCGGAGAGUACCACAACGUCCAGCAAGGGCUAGAUGCAGUAUACGCAUGUGCCAACACCUUAAGUCACUUUGCAGAUCGCUGGGAGGAUGCCGUACCGUAUAAAGAAGUCUACAAAUAUCUUAUUGGCCAGGCUUCGUGGAUCUCUGAAAAUUGUGCGUAUCCAGUUGGCCAAUACGGAUGUACGUUCCAAGAGCUCGAGAUUCAUUUGGAGAAUCUGAAGAAGAGGUAUAUACAUAAAGCAGUCCUAGGCAUGAUUGAGGACAUGGUGUAUCAGGGGCGCAUUUAUGAUGUGAUCGAUGAUGAGUGUAUCUCGCAACCAGCGAUUUCUUUACAUGUGUAGAAUUAUGUGGGUUACUUGUUCUAUAUCACAGAUUGAAACAUCAAGCUAGAGAAGACUGAAAGUGAAUAUCGAGAGAAAU